CGUUGUGAAGGUAAUGGGGGGGGAGACGCCGUAGUUCUACUAAUAUUGUUGUUAUUCACAUGAUUUUGAAGUUUUUUGGUUUGUUUGUGUGAGUUUAUUACUAGCUGGUUGACAACGGUAGCAUUAAUGUCUGUCCGAUCAGAUCUGACCAAAAUUCAAAGUGGUUAAUAGUUACGUGGCUUGUCUUGUAGCUAAAGUGAAGAUAUGAAACGAUUCAGAACAGCAUAAACGAUACGAACCUAGAAUGGAUUCCUUCAUGGCAAACUUCAGGGAGAGGAGUGAAGUGGAACGGGAGUGGCUGCAGGAGCUAUUCGUGUUCGUGAGGGACAAUCUGUACCCGGUUCUCGGUCCAUCCACCGGUACUGUUUCCCCGGAACAGCUUUCUCUAGCCAUGAUACGGAGAGUGGAACAGGCGGUGGGCUCCUCGUGUGCCCGGUCUCUGCCGCUCAGUUACAGGCUCAUCUCCGUAUCCGAGCUGGUUACCUGGCAACGCACACCUUGCUGUAGCAACCUGACCUGGAGCACCGCUCAGCACAGAGAAUGGGUCCGGGAGGCGGAGCAGGCUCUGCCCAAUCACGAGGCUUUGCCGCGUGCCAACCUGUUGCUGAUAGGCUGUCUCAGUGAUAGGUGUGACCCAGAGAGGUCAUGUGACGGAGCGUGGCGUGUGAGGGACGCCACCGGGACCGUGCACUGUGAGCUACUGAGCCCCUCCCCUCUCUGGCUGGGUCUGCCCUUUCUCUUCCCCUGCUGGAACUACAUCCCCCAGCUUGCAACGGGGAAGGACCAGGAAGUGGAGGAGAGGGGCUACCUGGAGCUGGUUGGCUGUCCCCUAGCCCUGACCUCUGACCCUGAGAUGACCUUUAACCCUGCAGGUGUCAACCUGAAGAGAGCUGUGGGGGUCAGAGAAGCUGCAGGACUGAUACAGCACAGGGUGCGAGGCCUUCGUGUGAAGGUGUAUGGGGAGUCCUUCUUCUGUCUCCGUCUGAGAGAGGGACUACAAACACUACCAUUACUGGUCACGGAGCCUUGCUGUCUGUGGUGGCGUCAGUGUGUGCGCGUGGGCGUGCGCGUGUGUGUGUCCGGGCUGCGUGUGUGUGCGCUGCAGGGCUGGUCUGGGAACAGGGUUCUGUGUGCGACCAGUCAGUCUUCUCUCACUUUGCUUCCUGACACACUGAUCCAGGACCUGUCUGAUAUACCCAUAUUGGACACCCCAGACCCAGACCCAGACCCUGGUACUGGAUGUCCUCUCCCAGAGAGACAGGGACCAGACCCAGACCCAGACCCUGGUACUGAAUGUCCUCUCCCAGAGAGACAGGGAGAUGGACCGGACCCAGACCCAGACCCAGACCCUGGUACUGAAUCGGACCCAGACCCUGGUACUGGAUGUCCUCUCCCAGAGAGACAGGGAGAUGGACCGGACCCAGACCCAGACCCGGACCCAGACCCGGACCCGGACCCAGACCCGGACCCGGACCCAGACCCAGACCCGGACCCGGACCCAGACCCGGACCCAGACCCAGACCCGGACCCGGACCCAGACCCAGACCCAGACCCAGACCCGGACCCGGACCCGGACCUCUCUCCCAGCCUGAGGCCCAAACUCUCCAAGUCCAUCAGCUACAAGGGUGUCCUGACCAGUGUCCUGAGUGCGGCAGCGGGGCUCUAUGUGAUUGACGGGAAGGUGGGCCUGUGUUUGGCCUAUCAGCCACUGCAGAGGCGUGGCCUGCGUCCGGGGGCGGAGAUUGAACUCCACGAUGUCCAUUUCCUUUACCGCCCCUCUCCCCAUUUCCAUCCCAGCAUGCUCUGCGUGUGUCUACGCUCCAGUCUGCGUGUCACUUCCUUCAGCCGCCUGGGGUCAGAGGUCGCCCGCCCCAACGACGCCCCGCUGCCGUGGCUACUGCUGGAGAGGAAUCUGGGCGUGUCUCAGUACCUGUGGCUCUGUCACUGCUGCAGAGCUCUAGGAGACAGACUGGUCCCUCGCUGGGUGAAAGAGGAGUGUGUGUAUGGGGUGGCUAGGAGGCUGCUUCAGUGUGUGGUAACGUCAGAGAAGGGAGGAGGGGGGAGAGACAUCUACAGAGAGAUGCUACAGGAGCCACACCUCUGUCCCCUCACUGAGUACUCUGUGAGUUCUCCAGCGUGUGAGUUCGUGUCGAUAUCGGACUGCGUGCGUGUGAUGGAGAAGGAGUGCUGGUUGUCUCUGUCUCUCCCCUCUCUCCUCCCGGCCUGUGGUAGUUCCCUGACUCAGGCUGAGCUGAACCCGUCUGUAGCCUGGUCCGUGGGCCUCUCUCUAGGGCAGGACAGUCAGCCGCGGCCCUUACUGCUGGUCGGAGUGCUGGAGCUCACUGGAACACACACUCUCCGCCUGAGAGACCAGACCGGCGCCGUGACCUGCGUUGCCGUGGAGACUGGCGACGGUGACUCGGGCGGUCCGAGAGCUGCCAACAACACUGCUUGGAUAGGUUGCUUGGUGUGUGUGCAGAGGUUCACCAUGGUGAUGGAGAGAUUCCUCCAAUCAGAGUUCCCUUCAUACAAACACCUGGACCAGGACAGUUACAUCACACACAGACACUGCAGGGUGUACAUCCAGCUGUGUUUGAACGACCUCCACAUUCUCAGCCCCUCUGCUGCCAUGGCAUCACUCCUCCUCAGAGAAAACAACAGAACGACACAGGGAGGAGAGAGGGAGGAGAGGAGAGAGAAAGGGGGAGGAGAGAGGGAGGAGAGGAGAGAGAAAGAAGGAGGAGAGAGGGAGGAGAGGAGAGAGAAAAGAGAGAAAGGGGGAGAAGCGAGGGAGGAGAAGAGAGAGAAAGGGGGAGAAGCGAGGGAGGAGAGGAAGAAGAGGAGCAGAGAAGAAGAGAGGGUAGAGGAAAAGAAAGAGGAGAGAGAGGGAGGGGCCAAGAGAGCGCGACAAAUCCACACGGAGAACGAGAUCAAACCAGGAGGAGGAGCCUCAUUGCCCGGCGACCAGCCCUGUAUCUCCGUGGUGAUGUGUGUGGAAGGAAAGGAGGGCGUGGCCUGGCGGAACGAGGGGAUUUCCUGUGAGGGAGAAGAGGCUGGGUUAUCUCUGUGUUUCUCUGUGAGGGCUGAUCUCAUUGGUCAAAUUCAGCGGUGGGGGCGGGACCCCAGGAACUGUCCAUUACAGGAGAGAGAGACAGACGGACAGACCAGAACGGUAGAGCUGUUGUUUGUGAGGUCAUCAGUACGCUGGUUUCCUCUGAUCCAGACUGGAUCUUUCUACAGACUCAUCGCUCCAAACACGCAGGAUCCCAGUGUUCUGAUUGGCUGUCGUGUUGCUGGGAGGAGCGGUGUAGAGCUCCAUACGAACCCCUCCCUCCUGGUGCGCUCUGAUUGGAGGAUCCACACCCUGACCCGCCCACUCCUGACCACGCCCUACUCCCAGUUCAUUUCUCAGAAGGUCAUGUCUGUGGCUGAGGUCCUGGACUGCUGCAGUGGGGUGGAUCUGGUCUCGUUCCAUGGAGUCAUCUCUCAGAGGAUCACCCUACAGAGAGGGACGACCACACACACUCCUACACAGAGAGGGACGACCACACACACUCCUGCACAGAGAGGGACGACCACACACACUCCUGCACAGAGAGACGUGGAGGCAGGGCUGAGUGUGAGGUUGACGGUGUGUGUGGACCCCAGAGGGCGCAGCCUGCAGGUGUAUUUGGACCUGAGCCUCACCCCGUAUCCACCUGGCCUGGUACCUGGAAACACUGUCCUGUUCACCAGCUUCCAUCGCAGGCUGUCACGGGCAGGAAGUGUGUAUUGUCGUUCUGUCCCAGUCAGCUGUUUGACCAUCAUGGCCCUGGGAAAGACUGGCGCCCAGUCAUGUGACUCUUCUCCUCCCAUGAUCCUUCUGGGUGUGUGGGCAUUGGUAGGGGCAGAGCAGUGCAUUGUGGGCCGGGUCCGAGGUCACGUGGUGUGUGUUCUCUACCUGCAGCUGCAGUGGACCUGUUCUCUGUGUGGCAGUAUAUACGCACAGGAGAGGUGUACUAGGUCUCAGCCUCCCUGUAAUUCUACCUCUGCUGUGUUUCAGGCCGAAGCCAAGGCAGCUGUAGAGGAUGGCAGUGGAGAGGCCCAUAUUUGGUUCUCCUGUCCAGUAAUUUCCGGUCUACUGGGGUUAGCCACGCCCCAGUGGGAGGGGCUUCAGAGGUCACUGAGGGUCAGAGGUCACCUCAGGGUCUACACACGGGGGCGGAGCCUGGUGUGUGAUGUGGAUGCUGAAGACCCUCUCCUCCGCUACCUGUCCUGUUUGUGUAGCAGCAGCGCUGUGUGUCGUCCCCUGACUCUCAUCUGCACGCUACACACACAUUCACACACACCUGCUGCACGCAGACAGGACUCUGCCCAGCUGAAGAGGUUUACCCGAGGAGACAGAGAGUUUGUUACUCGGAUUACCCCCCCUCUCCAACUCACCUGUACGCACAUCCUGGAGGAGGGAGGCUGAGGGAGGGGGACGGAGGGAGGGAGGCUGAGGGAGGGGG